CAGUCUCAAAGUAUUCUUAUAUACGUCUCAAUCUUUUUACUGUUGAUUUUAUUCUAUAAAACUUCACAUUUUUUACUUUGAAUUCUAUAAUGUCUUCCCAACACUCUGCUGCCAACUCUCUUCCUCGUGAAGAACAAAGCCCUCUUACCGAAGUUGGUAUUCCCUCUCCUGUUCUGAAUGAACAGACACAUCUCACCGAAAUUGGUGACAUUUCUCCUCUCCUUGGAUCCACCGCUCUUUCCAUCGAUGGUGAUAUUGAAAUGAUAUACACCAGUCUUGAUUCCUUGCCACCUCUUUCAGUUGUUGGUUCUGUCCCUCUUACUCCUGUGCCUACCGUCCCAUCAGCUGUUAAUAGCAACACUAGUAGUUCCAUCACUUUGGAAAUGUUGUUAGCUUCUGCGAAGGAAGACCUUAGCAUAAAGAAGAACAACUUUUAUGUGGCUUAUGCUAACUAUGUGGCUCUUUCGAAGGUCAACCCCAUGUCAGACGCGGCCAGACAUGCUUCUUCCAUUAAGAAGGAAGCUCAAGAAUUGUUUGAGAAUGCCCAGAAGACUCUCAAGAGUCUCAUUCCCUGUCCUUGGACUCAUGCUGGGAGCGUCUGCUUCCCAUAUGCCUGAACAAGGAGGAAAGAUCCUGGUUUGAAGACAAACUAAAGGGAAAGGCGUACAAGUGG